GAGUGUGUUUUAUUUUCAAGACGUGGUGAAAUUCAAGUGAAAAUAUUUUUUUUUUUUUUUUUCAAAAUGGGUUUUCGAAUAAUACAUCUUCUUAUAUUUUGUAUGUAUUUUAUACAUAUUAAUGGAAGAUAUUACGAAGAAAAUGAAGAAGGCUUCAAUAGCAUUUCCAAUGAAGAUACUACCGUCAAACCUGUUUGUUAUCCAUCUUGUGAAAAUAAUGGAAUUUGUGUUGAAGAUAGUAUUUGCAAAUGUCCUGAAAAUUUCUUAGGACUAUUUUGUGAAUUACAAAAGACACGGGAGUGUUUUUCAUUCGAAAAGGAAAAUGAAUUUUGUAGUAGUGCCGAACAUGAUGAUAUGACACAGUGUGACAUGUAUUGUUUUUAUUCGUCAGCAAACGAGAAACAAAAGUUGUCUACUACUACGCCACGGAAGGAAAUAACAUCCACUACAACAGAGUCCCAUACAAGACAAUAUCCAAAACACACUUCAACAAAUAAUGAUAUUUCAGUAUCAGAAAUUGCUGAAACCGACUCAGAAGAAUCAACAACGAGAUCUAACGAAUGCUCAUUUGAGCCCCCUUUAUCCAAAAAUGCUCAACACAUUCUAAUGCAUUCCAGCUACCAAAAGGUAUACAAAAUCAAAUGCUUCUCGGGUUAUUCAUUUCCCGAUGGUUCUAAGGUAGAAAAAGUCUAUUGCUUAGAUGGUAGAUGGUACAAUAGUAAAAAUGAAUACUAUAUACCUCAAGAUUGUCAAGAAAACUCAUCAAAUGAAAUCAAUUUCCACAAUGAAUAUCCUACAACAAAUAAUUAUGAAAGAAAUGAUGAAACUACAGCUAAACUUAUUGAAUCUAAUGACGAAGAAGUUGUUCUAGAACCUUUUGGGUGUACAUUUGAACCUCCAUUGUCUAAAAAUGCAAAACACAAUCUUUUUACCUCCGGCGACACAAAAAAAUCCAAAGUUCAAUGUCUUCCGGGCUUCUCUUUCACCGAUGGAUCUAAAGUCCAUUAUCUCGAGUGUAAAGAUGGUAAAUGGCAACACAUUUCAAGUGGAGACCUUAAAGCUCCAGAUUGCGAAGAAAUUUCUAACAAAGUCUACAAUCACGAUGAAACUACAACAGAAGUUCUGGAACCAAAUGGCUGCAGACUUGAACCUCCAUUGUCGAAAAAUGCCAAACAUAUUCGAGUUGGGUCAAACAAAUAUAAAGUUCAAUGUUUCUCGGGCUUUAAAUUCUCCGAUGGAUCCAAAGUACAAUAUCUCGAGUGUGACAAUGGUAAUUGGAGAAAUAAGGUAGGCGGUGGAUAUUAUGCCCCUGAUUGUGAUGAAGACUACGUCAGUCAAGCUUUCAGAAUACCUCAUUAUCGACCUACGAAUUUGCAAACUACAACAGAUAAUAGUAAUAAAGUUGAACUUAAUUCAUGCCCAUUCCAGCCUCCAAUUUCUGAAAAUGCCAAACACAUUCGAUUAGGAUCUGGCGGAUCAACUAAAUACAAAAUAAAAUGUUUUACUGGCUAUUCCUUCCCUGAUGGUACGAAAGUGCAACAUAUGGAGUGUAAAAACGGCAAAUGGUAUCAUCAAGAAACUGAAGAUUUUGAAGUUCCGCAUUGUCAAGAAACCCAAUGUGAAUAUGAGGGUUUCAAACAUAAGUCUAACUACAAGGAAGUUCGUCCUGGAAAUGAGUUUUUGGAACUUUGCACCUGUCAAAAAGGAAUUUGGAAUUGUACCAAAGCAUCAGAAGAAGAUAAGGAAAAAUAUCCAUCUUCAUCUGAUUUUGAAGCUAAAUGUGAAGAAAAUCCUAUUCUUUGUGAAGUUGAAAGUUCAAAUGUUGUUGUGGAAAAAUGUGAAAAAUCAAAGAAUACUGAAAUGAAUAACUCAAAUAGUAUUUUGGAGUUAUUGAAAUAUGCUUUGGGAUUAAGCUCUGAGCGUGAAUUCAAACAAAAUUCAAAAGAUAGCAAAUUAAUGUCUGUUCUAAAGGAAAAUAAGGAAAUACCUGGAAUUAAAGUUGUCUCACUUAAUUUCCAAUCGGUUGAAAUUUUGGGAAAUUCUGAAAAGAAUAAGGAGAAAGACAUAAAGUGAUUUAUGAUAACACAUUUCUUUUAUUUUCUUAAUUUCUUGAAUAAUAUAAUAUAAAUAAAUAAUAUAAACAAGAAAUAUGUAAAAAUAUAUGCAUCUUAAAUGUUAUAUUGCUUAAAUAAAUAUUUGUAUAGUUAAAAAAAAUGAA